GACUGAUCUCCGUUUCCAAUCUUCCGCUGUCAUGGCUCUUCAAGAGGCUGCUGAGGCUUACCUUGUCGGUCUCUUCGAAGAUACUAACUUGUGCGCCAUCCAUGCUAAGCGUGUUACCAUCAUGCCAAAGGACAUCCAAUUGGCCAGACGCAUCCGUGGAGAACGUGCUUAA